AUGUUGGCAAAUUUUGAUUAUUUUGGCAUACCAGUUUAGAUGAGAGUCUCUAAAGAUUUAAAACAUAAGACAAAUUUUGGAGGUUUAGUUACAAUAGCGACUACUAUCGCAAUGUUUGUUUACUCGUACUUCAUUUUAAACCAAUGCUUUUCAUAUUUGAAUCCAAAUAUUGUUAGUUAAGAUUAUGUGACUUCUCAACCAGAUGAUGUUGUUUUUAAUCAAUAACAAUACACUUUUGCUAUGGGCAUAUAAGAUUAAUCCUUAACACACUUUUUAGAUGAGUCUAUUUACUACUUAGAUGUUUAGUUGAUGGAAACCACUAAAUCCUAUAAUGAAACAACCAAUGAAUAUGAUCAAAAUACAGUUACCUAGCCAAUAAAGAUGGAGCGCUGCACAAAAAAUCACUUCUAAGUUUAAGGUGCUUAAAGUUUUUUCGAAACCCUAAACUACACAAAUAUAUACUGUUUACCUCUUGAUUUUUAGCUUAGCUUAGCUGGUUAGUUUGGUGCGAUGAAAUACAAGCGCUUAUACAUUCAGGUUAAGAGUUGCAUACAAAACUGCUCAGAUGAAACUAUUAUUGAACAAAAGCUAAACAAUGUGGCAUUCUAACUUUAUUACGUUAAUUACAUCAUAUCUCCUGCUAAUUUAAAUAAUCCUUUUACUCCAAUUGCUUAAAAUACAUUUUGGCAAUCAGGAUAUUCCUUAUUCAAAAACAUCAACAUAUACUUUAGAAAAAAUACGAUAAGUACAGAUCAAGGACUCAUUACAUAAGACUUCUAAAGUGACUAUCGUAUGAUGUAUAGCUUAGACAGAGAGACGAUUGUAACAAAAACAGAUAACAAAAUGUAUGAGCUGUACAUUGGAUUAGAAAAGAAUAAAUAAUCAGAGUGUAUAAGAACUUACAUGAAAUUGUUAAGUGCUACAUCUUAAAUAGGUGGUAUUUUUAACAUUUUUUUUAUAAUCGGUUCAAUAGUUUGUUUUCCUGUUUAAAAAAUUUCACUCUAUUAUAGGCUUAUUGAUUCUAUAUUUGAUUUUAAAGAAAAAAGAGAAGAGGUUUAAUUUUAAUUUGAAAAAGAUUAUGUUGUUGAAAAUAAAGUUUUAAGUAACACUAAUUAUUUUUCCAAUUCUCAACAUAAAAAAUAUAGAAAGAGUUUUGCGCAUUAAUCAAGAGAUUAAGUUUUUAAUAAACCUCUGAAAAAUAAUCAGAACUAAACAAAUUUUAUUUCCCUUGAAAAUUCUUAAAAGCAAAAUAUAUUUUAAAAUAUUCCAAAAAAAUCAGAUUCUUCAUCUAAAUUGCCUCAUAAAUACCUAGUAGAUAAUGUUAGCGAAGAAAAUAUUCAAGAAAAUAAAACAAAUUUGAAAUCAUAAAAAUAAAGUUAGAACGAUUAAAGCAGUAAAUAAAUUUAGAAUACUAAAUUGAUUUCAAAAAUUGGCGACUUACUUUCUUUUAUAUUUUAAAAAUCAAAAAAUAUUAAAUUUAACAUUUCAAAAAUGAUGAAAUCUUAAAUAAAAUACAAAACGAAUUUUAAACCUGAAUAUUAAAUGAUAGACUAUAGUAUUUAAUAUCUAUAACAAUAUCUUGACAUAAGAAACAUCAUGAAAAAACUCUAGGAUAUUGAAAAACUCAAAUACUUACUUCUUGAUGAAAAUUAAAUUAAACUUUUUGAAAGCAUUUCUAAGCCUACUCUGUAUCUUGAAGAUUUUAAAAAUUAGAUUAAUGAACUGAAUGCUAAUAAAAGAAAACAAAUUCCUGAUACUGCAACUGAAGGAAGUUUUUUUUAAUAAUAAAGAAAUAAUAAUGUUAAAAAUUAAUAGCCCUUUUACUCUAUUAUAUAAAUAUAAUAAAAAGAUGAAAACUAAAUGGCAAAAGAAACAGAGUAGGCUUUUAAAGAAGUUUAUUAAGAUAAGCAAUCUAUAUCUCUUAUAGAUAAAAAACUAUUAAAAAUGCUAAUCCCUGGGCUAAUAGAAUCUAAUGAGAAUGAGGACCUUAACAAAUCAAUAAUUGAUAAAAACAUAACCUAAUAACCCUUAACUCUAAUAACCUCUCCUGCAAACAAUAAUAGUGGAGAAAAUUAUUAAAAAUUUCUUUUUAGUGAUGAAAUCAAAAGCUAAUAAAUUCCUAAAAAUUUAAGACUUAAUAAUUCUAAUUAAGAUUCCUCUGCAAUACAGAGUAUUUUUUCACCAAAAAUGUACUAUGAAGAGUGA